CGUUCACACAGUCAGUGUUGCUCAGUGCCUGGUUCCUCCUCUCCUUGGGACGCGCUGGGGGAUCCGAUGACGUCACUGGCUGAGCUCUCUCCUCUCUCUUCCUCCUUGUAAGUUGUGUUCUGGGAAGCGGUGCCAGGAAUAACCUGCAGAGCACAGGAGGCUCCCUCAUCUGCAGGCAGCGCUAGUGCCCUCACCAGCCGGGCACCACUUCUCCCCCUCAAUAGCCCAUUGAUAGACUUGUCCAUUGCUAGCGAGCUCCAUUUUCCUGCAGAGCUCGCCACCUGAGGCAGCAGCAGUCCUCCUCACAAGAAGAUCACCAAUGCAGAGAGCAGCACUGACACACCGAGGGCAAGCACUCCAGGGGACUAUCUGCUGCCAUCACAAGGACACCAGGAGAGACAACAUGAUCUCAUUCACGGCUCUGCUUCCUGCACCUGCCCCUUCCUAUCUGUAAAAGCUGUCUGUACAUUUCUUGGAAAUAUAAAGAAGGAUUCCCCAGAACUCACAAGUGGUUGUUGCAAUGACCUACAAGACUUGUAACUGGUUUCGAUGUCUUCAGUCUGAAGAAUAUUUCACCUAAAUCUAUUACUACGUGCAUUUCUAAACGGAAAACAAAGAAAAUACAGUUUGUCUACUUCAGAAAUAGCCAUUUUCUUAGAAGACAUAUAAGGCAACAGCACAGCACAGUCAUGUGUAUGAGAUUUUGGAAAGGAACAGAAUUUUGCAAUGCAGUGGAUGCUUCUCAUGUCAGUAUUGAAUACAUUUCAGAAGACUAAGCUUUUUUAGUGGGAGUGAAUGACAUAGGGUUUUCCUGCAGAGAUUAUUACAAGCUCCAGGACAUACCAUACACUUCCAGCUUUAGGUUGUGUAUCUAUGUCACAGACAAGAAUUGCACUUUAGGCGGACAAAACUCUCUGGAUUAUCUUCAUCUUGAUUGAGGAAAAACAAUUUCAGGCCACAUUUGCGAAGCCUUUGGUCAUGCAUGAACCUUUUGAUUAAUGCAUAUAUACUGCUUCAUGGAAGUACACGCAUUGGUGACUUGGUGAAAAGAAAAAUGGCAGUGACUCAGAUUUAAAGUGCAAAGUCAGUCACACUCCAUGUGGCUGUAUAGCAUUAAAAUAAGCUAGCACUGAAGACCAACCUAAUCAAAAUGGACUCUGGAGACACCAUAUUAGAGCAUGAAUCUACCUCAAGGUGUGGAGAAUCUGACAAAGUAUCAAGCAGAUGGAGACAAGAGCAUUCAGCUGUUGCUACAAUGAGCACUUAUGAAAGUCACGAAGGAGAAAGACAGCCUAACCCUGAACUGAUUGCAAACCCAACAACAGUACAGCAUUACAGUACUCUGAAAGUAGGAUCACAAAAUGAAAGUAGCCAGCAGAUGUCAGGAAAGCAAUAUGCACAGAAGCGUUCUGGCUCUUAUACUCACCGGCAUUCACUUUCUUUUCCCCAGCAUACUCUGCACCAACAGAGGCUAGUGCACAGCACUAAGCCUCACCAGAGCCUUGAAGGACAUGCUUAUCCAUAUGGUCGCCUGUCUGUUGCUUCAGAGGACUUAUUCCUUCGUAUUCAAGGACAAAGUGCAGAAUUCUCCAGAAAGAAAUUUUCACUUGCUUCUUCAUAUAGCCAAUAUUCACAGAAGUCUAUCGAUCAGCCAGAAGACACUCACAAAAAGGAGCAAAAGCCCAAAAAACCUGGCAAAUAUAUAUGUCCGUAUUGUACACGGGCUUGUGCCAAACCAAGUGUGCUGAAAAAACAUAUAAGAUCUCACACAGGAGAGCGUCCUUAUCCAUGUGUACCCUGUGGUUUCUCCUUCAAAACAAAAAGCAACUUGUAUAAGCACAGGAAGUCACAUGCACAUGCCAUUAAAGCUGGAUUAGUUCCUUUUACAGACUCUGCUGUAUCCAAGUUAGACCUUGAAGCUUCUUGCAUUGAUGUAGAAAAUGAAAUACAUUCUGAUGGGGAACAAAGUACAGACACUGAUGAAGAGACUUUGUUGCUAGUUGAAGAUUCUGAAAAACUAAGCCCAAUUUCACAAAUUCCAUUGGAUGUGAGUGUUAGAAGUGGGGAACUUAUAGAUCCAGGUUUCAAUACUUCAGAAGAGUCAUUAGGAGGUCCAAUGAAAGUGCCAAUACUGAUAAUCCCCAAAAGUGGCAUCCACCUACAUACGGAAACCUCACAUUAUCUGACAUCUGAGUUAAUGCACAACCCAUCAUUAAGUGGAAAAAAUGAUGAACCACAUACUGCUAGGCAAAAACUUGCACUAAAGCUUACAGAAAAGAAAGGGCAUGACUCUGAGAAGUCCCUUAAUCUCCUGAGCCCACAUAGUAAAGGAAGCACAGACUCUGGUUAUUUUUCACGCUCAGAAAGUGCAGAGCAGAAUAUAAGCCCUCCAAAUACAAAUGCAACCUCAUAUGAAGAAAUCAUUUUUGGGAAAUACUGUAGACUGAGCCCUAGAUCUUCACUACAAAGUCAAGAAGCCAGUGUAUCCAUUGUUAAUACUAGCAUGAUUGAGGAGCAUAUUUCACAGUAUAUGACAAAGAGGGAAGGGUUUCUAGAGCAAAGCAAGUUAAAAAGUAUGAAGUCAAGAUUAUCUGGCAUCCAUACAUCUGAACUGCAAAAAACACACCUUUUUGGUGAAUCUCCUGAAAGUGAAUCAAAGAUGUACUCUGAAAUUCCGCAGGGCCAAACAGCAGUGUUUUUAGAGCCUUCAGGGGAAACAUCAACACUUAUAAGAAGCAAUUCAAUGCCAACAUCUUCUGGUGCAAGUUUAAGUGUUCCUACUUCUAUUAGGGGAAGUCACUCAUUUGAUGAACGUAUGACAGGAUCUGAUGAUGUGUUUUACCCAGGUACAACAGGUAUUCCUCAUCAAAGACUCCUUAGGAGGCAAGGUGCUUUUGAGUUACCUUUAGUCUUGGAGGGUCAUUCUGAUUUUGAUGCCUAUACCAGAAUGUCAAAGAAUGCUGCUGUCGCCUAUGGUAGGAAAACAGUGCAUGAAAAAACUGUCUCAUCAAAAGAAAAGAAAAUGGCUUCAGUGUAUGAAUAUGUCUCAGGAAUGCAUCCUAAAAGGUGGGAUGAUUAUGAAAUUCACAAACAGGGAUACAGAGAUAUGCAGUAUAUAGGUGGAAUGAAACCAGGGGAGUAUUUUGUAGAUGUUACAGCACCUUCUCCUCCUCGGUUUGGAACAACAAUUGAAAACAGAAAGCGUAGAAAAGAAAAGAGUGUUGGCGAUGAGGAAGAUAUUUCUAUGCCUAGCAGUUCAGCAAGCAGUCCUGUGAUUUUGGAUUUUGAUACAAAAUCCCCAAGUCAAGAACCUGCCAGGAUUGGAUUUUCCAUUUCAGGGCAAGAAUAUGUUUACAGUGGCCCACAAGACCGUUUUGACAUUUGUCGAUCACAUCAGCAAAUUGGAAGUCCUGUUUUGAUAUUAGAUGAAUCAUCUUCAGACACUGAUAAGGUAGCAGAUAUAAUCAGUAGAAAACCUCCCGGUAAUGUAAUAUCAGUAAUACAACACACUAACUCUUUGAGCCGACCUAACUCUUUUGAAAGAUCUGAAUCAACAGAACUUCUUGCCAGCCAGCCAGAUAAGGCCUGUUCUCCAUCUGAGACUUGUGACAGUGGAAAUACAAUGUCUUCUAUGAGUCCAGACUGGACUCAGACACCAGACAUUUCCGAAUCAACAGGAAGGCCAUCUCCAUCUCAGCAACAGCAACAGUCUACAUAUCACAUGCCUCCUAAAUUGGUUCGCCAACACAAUAUUACAGUACCUGAGAUUCGAGUAACAGAGGAACCAGACAAACCUGAGAAAGAACCUGAAAUUCCUGCCAAAGAGCCGGAAAAAGCACAGGAAGAAUUUCAAUGGCCCCAAAGAAGUGAAACACUGUCUCAACUACCUGCAGAGAAAUUGCCUCCAAAGAAGAAACGUCUUCGCUUGGCAGACAUGGAAAAUUCAUCAGGGGAAUCCAGCUUUGAGUCAACAGGAACCAGUCUGUCUCGCAGUCCUAGUCAAGAGAGUAACCUAUCUCACAGUUCUAGCUUCUCAAUGUCUUUUGACAGAGAAGAAAUAAUAAAAUCUACUGUUCCAUCAAAGCAGGAUGAAAUCGGAAGGCCACCUGAAUUUUUGACUGUUCCUCCAGGAGCUUACUCACUUUCUGUACCCAGCCAUCACCAUCAAAAAGAAAUGAGACGGUCUUCUUCGGAGCAGAUACCAUGUCCUAGUUUAACAGAGAUUCCUGAAAUAAGGAGUAAAUCUUUUGACUACGGAAAUUUAACACAUGCAUCUGUCCCUGGUGCCAUCACUACAACUUUGUCUCCAGCCCGUGAACGGAAAAAAUGUUUUCUCAUUCGUCAAGCUUCUUUUAGUGGAUUCCCUGAAAAUUCUCAGCCAGAACAAGAACAACUUGGGAACCAAGAGCAGCCUGAUCCAGCCUAUGCAAGUCGUAGGGCUUCACAGAUUGCCUGGCAGCGUUCUUCAUCAUCCUCUUUAUCAGGUUCCAUAAAUCUUCCUGAUGAAUCUUUAAAUCUAGCAGUUGGUACAUCUGCCCAAACUACCAGUACUUCACAUUAUUCACAGCAGUCCAUUACAAGCCAUGAUGUGCUCAGAAAUCCUCUAGGACCACCAUCCUCUUACAUCGCCAAAAGACAUUUGCCAGAACAGCAGCAUUUAUUUCCACUUUCUGAGAAAAUUUUGUAUCCACCAGUUCAUAAUACAUUUCAGUUACCUUACACAUCUGUUUGCAUGGCUCAAAUGCCAACUCAUCCUUCUCUUUUGUGGCCAUCCUGUAUCGAUCCUUUGCAAAGACAUUUCCAGCAUCAUUUACAAACUUUACAAAACACAUACUUCAAGCCACAGUCUGAGCUGCAAUCCUCUUAUUACCUCGAUACUGCUCAAGAACCUAUUAUAUGCAAGUCUCUGAAUUAUCUGCAUAGUAUGGAAAAAGGAUAUCAACCAUAUUUAGAGUCAUCUUCAUCAUCCUCUAAGAAAUCUAAAAAUAUUCUUUCAAAACUACAGAGAGAUCACAGUGGGGGUUCAAGUGAUUCCUCAACUGAUCAACAGCAUUCUGUGUCUCCAAGCACUGGCUCACUUCAGUCUUUGUCAGGGCCUGUUGUUCCAGUUAGAAUUCAAACACAUGUGCCAUCAUAUGGUAGUGUCAUGUACACUAGCAUUUCACAAAUUCUUGUUACUCACUCUCAAACUAAUAGUCCAUCCAUAGUAAUUUGCUGCAAAGGGGACGGAAGUACAUCACAAAGAAUAAUGGCAACAAGCGCAUCCAUGAAAGGUUUAGGAUUCAACAUAGCCCAAAUGCUAGCACCUUGUGGAGAUCUGGAAGAAUAUCCUUUAUGGAAAGUGCCACAGACAUUGCCAUUAGGUUUAGAUUCUAGAAUCCCAUUAUGUUUGGUGUCUAGUUCUGAUAGUGCAUGUUCUUUUGGAGGUGGCAAACGCAUGCUUUCUCCUGCAAGUAGUCUAGAACUCUUCAUGGAAACAAAACAGCAAAAAAGAGUGAAAGAUGAAAAGAUGUAUGGACAGAUUGUUAAAGAACUAAGUGCAGUAGAACUGACUAACUCUGAUUUAAAAGAGAAUUUGUCACGAACCUCCAAACCUCAGUUGGUAAGACAAGGACACACAUUACAGCAAAAAGACAAUUUUUCUUCAACCAGCCAGGCACCUUCACCACUAAGCACAUCAUCAUGUGUUGAAAAAACAUUAUCUGAAUCGAAGUCCAGUGAUGCUCCUGAAGGUCGAAUGUCACCAGAUGAAUUUUAUGACGAGGACAAUGCUUCUGAUAUGAGUUUAAGUCCACAGAGGACAUCAAGUGAAAUUCUUGAGGAUGAACCACUCAAAAACAAAAAACAUUCUGAAGGUCUACUAAUAGAGAUGUCACAGAGGUCCUCUUCAACUGAGGAAGUACAGCAGGUUCUUCAAUUUCCAAGCCUGCGGACUACUACUACCGUCAGCUGGUGUUUCCUUAACUAUGCCAAACCCAGCCACACAGAACAGGAAUCACUAAAGUCAUCUGUUUAUGCUGCAUGGUGUAUUAGCUCUUGCAAUCCCAACCCUUCAGGUCUUAGUACAAGAACAUCAUUGGCGCUUCUGAGGUCCAAGCAGAAGUAUACAGGUGAAAUUUACACCAUGGCUGCUAUGCAUAGAUCUGGAGCUGGAAAACUAACUUCUUCAAGUGUAUGGAAACUGCAAUUUGCACAGAUGAAACCUGAGCCAUCCCUACUGGUUACCAGUAAACUUGAAAAGAAGACCGCUGGAAACAGCAAAGAGAGGACAAAGGGAGAAAGUCAUGGAGAGAAAGAUAUUUCAGCUAAACAAACAGAACCUAUGAGGAUUAAAAUAUUUGAAGGAGGGUUUAAAUCCAAUGAAGACUAUGUAUAUGUGCGAGGGAGGGGUCGUGGAAAGUACAUAUGUGAAGAAUGUGGUAUACGUUGUAAGAAACCAAGCAUGCUGAAGAAGCAUAUCCGCACCCAUACAGAUGUACGCCCUUAUGUGUGCAAACUGUGCAAUUUUGCUUUCAAAACUAAAGGAAACCUGACAAAACAUAUGAAGUCAAAAGCCCACAUGAAAAAGUGCCUGGAGCUUGGAGUAGCAAUGACAUCUGUAGAUGAUGCGGAAAUAGAAGAGUCAGGAAACAUUGAAGAUAUACAGAAAGAAUCAGAAAAGAGCAGCAUAUCUAUUGAUCACCAGUUUUCAGAUGCAGAGGAAUCAGAUGGUGAUGACGGAGAUGAUAAUGAUGAUGACGAUGAUGACGAGGACGACUUUGAUGAUAACCAGGGUGACUCUACACCAAAAACUAGAUCGAGAAGUACAAGCCCACAGCCCCCUCGAUUUUCAACAUUGUCUGUUACUGCUGCUUCAGCAUCACAAAGAGCAUCGCCAGAGGUCUCCAUGGGUCCCUCUUCUUUGAUGAGUUAUUUGUCCACCAUGCCUAGUAUUCAUGUAACACAUCUCAUGACUCCAAGUGCUGUGGGUGGAGACUCUCAAAUGGUAAACUAUCAAAAGUUUCUCCUUGCCAAUCUGGAACGUGAUAGAGAAAAAAUGGACGUACCCGGCAGCAUGGAUGAGGACUAUAUGCUUACUCCUGAACCUAGUUCUUCCCCUAGGGACUUCUCAUCUUGUAGUCGCCAUUCCUCUCCAGGAUAUGAUUCUUCGCCAUGUAGAGAUAAUUCACCAAAGAGGUACCUAUCACUUAGGGGAGAUUUGUCCCCCAGAAGGCACUUAUCACCAAGAAGGGAUUCUUCACCAAUGAGGCAUCUGUCACCAAGAAAAGAAGCUGCAUUAAGGAGGGAACUCUCACCAAGAAGAGACAUAUCACCAAGACGCCAUCUUUCACCAUUAAGGCCAGUGUCACCUGGGAAAGAUAUGUCUGCUGGGCGAGAUCUGUCUCCGAGAAGAGAGAGAAGAUACAUGGCCAGCUUUAGAGCACUUUCUCCUAGAAGACGUUUACACCACAAUCCAAGUUUGCCAAUGAGUCACUAUUUGCACUCAGACUCAGGAUUACUUGGCCCAGGAAGUUUACGAAAGAACUGGCCGCAGUUCCCAUAUGUAGGUCUUUAUCCAGAAGAUAUUUCUGGACACCAAAGCCCAGCCCCUGUUGGCCACAAAGACUAUGUGUUCAGCCACUUGCCAUUGCACUCACAGCAGCAAAUACGAGCACCUUUACCCAUGAUCCCAAUUGGUGGAAUUCAGAUUAUUAAUUCUAAUUCUGCAAUCCAGCCCAGUCCUCACUCUUCAUCCACGACAACUUUGCACCUAAGCAGCUCAGAUGAGAAGACAAUCCCAUCUUCAGAGUCAUGUAUCCCAUUGCACCUUGAGAAACAUUCUUCUUCUGAUUUUCCUCUUGGAGAUCCUAUACAUGGAUCUGUCCCAACGCUCUUACCUUCACCAGGGCAAAGCCCUUCGGAUGAAAGCUCCAAGCCUGCUGAGAGGGAGCAAGAGGAAAAUAUACGUACUUGCACAAAAGCCAUUGCUUGCCUGAGGAUUGCUACAGAGGAAGGUCUAUCGCUGAAGCGAGACCAGCUGUCUCAUCCUCCUGAGCCCAAUCAAAAGACAUUAGAAAGUGCACAGUUUGGCAUUAGGCACUUUAGUGGACAUGAGGCAAGCUUGCCACUUGCAUGCGCCUCACCCACCCCUGUUGACUUGCACAGAGAAAAAGACAGUUUUGGUACAUCACAGUCUACACUAGCUCAUUCCAAAUUCUAUAGUAAGAGCAUGGACAUGACAAAGUUAGGAUAUUAUGGCAGGAAUGAAGAGCCAUCGAGCACAUCAGAAGGGAAGGACUCGGUAGGCGAGUCUGGUAACUUGCAUUGAUUUGAAUGGGCAUGUAGACAAUAAGAUAAAAUAAAAAUAAAAACUUUUCUUGUAGAAAACACAUUCAUAGCAUGACUGAUGUACUUUAAAAUGAUUUGUUCUUGAAAGUACUUUAUUAUACGAAAACAGAUAACUAUAAAUAUAUAGACUUGUAUAUAUCUAUAAAAAUAAGUCAUCAUGAGCCUGACCAAAACGAAAAACUUUAAACUCUUGUAAUGGGUCUGGUACUUUUAAUUGUACAGAUGUUUGUGCCUUUUUCUUUACUUUGCUUAUAUUCUUAUAAGCAUUUUUAGCAGUACCCUGUAUAUAUUUUAGAAUUUGUGUAUCUGCUUUGUAAUAAUUGUAAUUUCAUUCUUUUUUGGACACUUGGGCCUACAUGUAAAAAGUAAAAAAUAGCAUCAAUAUAUAUGUGAGGUUGCACUAAAACAUAUUUUUAUAUGAUUGAAACUCGACAGCUUUUAUGUACAGCUCCAAUCCUGUAAUACUAAUAUUUAUUUACUUUGUUUCAUAAAUUGUACAUUUUUUUCUUAAUGUCGUGAAUUGCUUUUUUCUAUGUGAAGCAUGGGGAUUACUGUUGCGUAAAUAGAACAAAAAAUGUAUAGUGUAAGCAAGAUAUUUAACUGAAAUAUCAUCUUAUAUGCACUUAUGCAUUGGUUAAACGACAAAAAUUACGGAUAUAUCAGUCAGUUCUUUACUCUUGUAAUUUUUUCGUCCCUUGUUUGCUGAAUUGACUAUAACUUAAGUGCAGAUUGUGAUUUUAAAAUUAUAGUAAUGUAAAGCAUUAAAAGUACAAACAUGU